CCAGUGCACCGGCCGGGGUUUAGCUAGGCUAACCGAAACAAGUGUCUUGUCCUUAAAAUGUCUCACCCAACACCGUCUGACAAGCCUUCAAACCCCGAAAACCCCCGUGUCUUUUUCGAUGUAGACAUCGAUGGAGAAAGAGUUGGCCGAAUAGUUUUGGAGCUGUUUGCUGAUAUCACUCCCAAGACUGCUGAAAACUUCCGGGCACUCUGCACCGGAGAGAAAGGCACUGGCAAAUCGACCGGGAAGCCGCUGCACUUCAAAGGAUGCCCGUUCCACAGAAUCAUCAAGAAGUUCAUGAUUCAAGGAGGUGACUUCUCCAACCAUAAUGGCACCGGUGGAGAGAGCAUCUACGGGGAGAAGUUUGAGGAUGAAAACUUCCACUACAAGCAUGACAGAGUGGGUCUGCUAAGCAUGGCCAAUGCUGGGCCGAACACCAACGGCUCGCAAUUCUUCAUCACUACUGUCCCCACGCCACACUUAGAUGGAAAGCACGUGGUCUUUGGACAAGUGUUGAAAGGGAUAGGGGUCGUAAAAAUCCUGGAGUCGAUUGAAACUAAUGAUGAUGCCCCUGUAAAGCUGUGUAUCAUAGCAGACUGUGGUGAGCAUAAGGACGGGGACAGCUGGGGCGUUGCACCAAAUGAUGGAUCAGGGGACACCCACCCAGACUUCCCCGAGGACUCUGACAUUGACUUUAAAGAUGUUGAUAAGGUUCUCUCUGUUGCUGAGGAUGUGAAGAAUAUUGGAAACAACCUUUUCAAGAAUCAGAACUGGAAAGCUGCUGUCGACAAAUACAGCAAAGCCCUCAGGUACCUGGAGGUGAGCAGAGAUCAGCUGGAGGAGGCGGCGCAGCAGAAGCUGGAACCCACGGCCCUUAGCUGCUACCUCAACACAGCAGCCUGUGGGCUGAAGAUGCAGCUGUGGCAGGAGGCUGUGGACAGCUGCAAUGAGGCUCUAGCGCUGGACCACGCGAACACUAAGGCACUUUUUCGGAGGGCCCAGGCCUGGCAGGGGGAAAAGGAAUACAGCAAAGCCAUGACUGAUCUGAAGAAAGCUCAGGAAAUAGCUCCAGAAGACAAAGCUAUCAGCAAUGAGAUGAAGAGAGUGCAGCUUAAAAUCCAGGAGGAGAAGGAGAAAGAGAAGAAAAUCUAUGCCAAAAUGUUUGCCUGAAGAGUUCACCUAAUGAUGCAAUGAAUUGUUAACGUCGUCAUCUCUACUGGGAGCUGCACUUAAUAAGAUAAGCAUUCUGUAACCAGGUGAAAAAGAACAGUAUUUUUAGUUGACAGGUUCUUUCAUGUUUUCCAGCCGGCACAAUUCUCAAUGUCUGUAUCCUUACGAGGGAGUAACUGUUGUACGUUUUGAUCUGUCUUCAUUCUGACGUGUGUGUUCACUGUAAUGAAUAGUUGGUCUGAUGCAUGGCUGACUCCACUGCUCUGAAAACUGGGUAACCACUCGGCGCUCGUCUUUGUUCUGGGGUUUUGCAACAGUUCAGGAAACCAGAAUUACAUGUUGUAUCACAUACAGAACAUCCAUUCGUUUUUAUUUUUUAUUUUUUUUUUUAUUUAUUUUUUUUUUACAGAGGUAAAUAAAUCAAAAAGGACAGCAGUGGAGCGUUCUUCAUUCAUUAUUAUGAUAUUAUCAUCUAAUGACAUUAUGUACAAUACUGUGCGGAUCAAGAGGUGUCAAAAUAUACCUGCAAUAACAAGGCUAAAAUAAACCUUAAUUUAAGAGCAGCUUGUUUUCUUGUUCCUUUACAGAUUUUGAAGGAAAUAUAUUAUUACAGUUGGUCAAGUACUUCUUUU